UGCAAGAGAUUCAAAUUGUACAAAAACAGAUAGUUGUUUUGCUCCUAGGAUAUAAACAACAUUUUAGCGAUUCAGUGUUAUUGUUGGGCAGUUUUAAUCUUUGAUUUUAUUCGAUUGAAUAAUAUUCUGUGGAUUGAGUGAGAUGGCGAAUGUUAGCAACAAUUUUAACCAAUGCAGCUUUUGCUCUAAUGUGUGUAAUGAGGAAAAUCAACAGGGCCUGGUCCCUUCUCUCCAUCAAGAGCAGAAGUUGAAGAUUAUCCUGCACAAAUUGAGCAGUUCCACUACCCAAUGGGGCUGUUAUCCUACGUGCGACAAAUGCCGACAAGAGUUCAUAACCAACCACAAUAUUCCCGAGAGUUGCUUUCAAAUUUUACCCAGUGUCGAACCAAAUGUCAUCAAAAUGGAACCAGAGUUAAUGAUUGAUGAUCACGAAUUGUCGAAUAGCAAUAGCAUUUUUGAUACAGACCCAAGUGAACAAGAAGCCGAAAUGCCAAUCACUGGGAGAAACGGAGAAGUAUUCUUCAUAAGCGAAAUAGACGAAGAAGGCAACAAUAUAUCACAGAUUCCAGUUGCUAGAACGCAUACACAAGGAAAAAAAACAAAAACGUUAGAAUGUGAAAAAUGUGAAAAAAAAUUUCACUCAAAACACGGUCUCACAUUGCACCUUCGAACACAUACGGGUCAACGUCGUUAUUCUUGUCCGCAUUGUCCAAAAGCGUUCAAGAAUUCUUAUUAUCUUCAAAAUCACAUUCGAGUUCACACAGGUGAACGUCCUUUUCCUUGUCUGCAGUGUCCGAAAGCGUUCAAAAAUUCUUCUGCGCUUAAAAAUCACAAUCGACUUCAUACAGGUGAACGACCUUAUUCUUGUUCAAAUUGUCCGAAAACGUUUAGAACUCGUACAGCGCUCCAACGUCAUAUUCGAAUUCAUACAGAUGAACGUCCCUAUUCUUGUCCACAUUGUCCGAAAGCGUUUAGAAAUUUUGGAGAGCACCAAAGGCACGUUCGAACUCAUACAGACGAACGUCCCUAUUCUUGUCCACAGUGCCCGAAGGCGUUUGCUCAACCUUCAACGCUCAAACAACACAUUCGAGUUCAUACAGGUGAACGUCCCUUUUCUUGUCCACACUGCCCGAAGACGUUUAUGCAUUCUUCAACAUUCAAACACCACCUUCUAGUUCAUACGGAUGAACGCCCCCAUUCUUGCCCGCAUUGUCCGAAAGCUUUCAAGGAUGGUACAACUCUUAAAUGGCACAUUCGAACUCAUACGGGUGAACGUCCCUUUCCAUGUCCGCAUUGUCACAAAGCAUUCACGAUAUCUACAGUCCUUACAAAACAUCUGAAGGCACAUUGUACUGGUACAAGCGACUCGAGGCAGGAAUCACUGGUGACCGUAAAGGAAGAGAUGACUGAAUGCUGAUAAAUCCCUCUAUCGAUGAAUGCGAUUGUAAAAUAAAGUGCAUAGGAAAAACGUUUUUAAAAAAUUAUCAAAAAAUGGUAACUAAUCGAUAGUAAAGAAACCAGGAACCACGUGGAGUCGUUAUCAGAAAUCGUGAUGUUAGACGGCCUACUGAAUGGACUGAGGAUUGAGCACGAUUUAUUCCUCCUAUACUCGCGUAUUGGUCUGUGAGACCGAAAAAUCAAUAAUUCGUUCAUUUCUCAGAAAACAUCAACACUACGACUUUGCGAUUCUCUCUAGCUUCGUCAUUGUUUAGCGUAUCGCAUGUGUUGGUACGAAUGGAACGAACUUUUUUAACACUGAGUAACUUUUUUGAACUUUUUUUUCCUUUUUUAGAAUAUUGUUCAAUGCAAUGUAUAAAUUAUGUUAGUGGGGUGGAAUAUUUAUUGAAUAUAAUGCAUAACAUCAUUA